CAUGCAGCCCCAAAAUCUCCACGUCCCUGCUAAGUUCUUGUUCUGGCAACUAAAUACCUAUUAAGGUGGGAAGAAUGAAGUGUGGGCGGCGGGCGGGGUGCCGCCGCCGGACGGGACUCUAAGAUGAAGUUAUGGGAUGUCGUGGCUGUCUGCCUGGUGCUGCUCCACACCGCGUCCGCCUUCCCGCUGCCCGCCGCAAAUAUGCCAGAGGAUUAUCCUGAUCAGUUUGAUGAUGUCAUGGAUUUCAUUCAAGCCACCAUUAAAAGACUGAAAAGGUCACCAGAUAAACAAAUGGCAGUGCUUCCUAGAAGAGAGCGGCAUCGGCAGGCUGCAGCUGCCAACCCGGAGAAUUCCAGAGGAAAAGGUCGGAGAGGCCAGAAGGGCAAAAAUCGGGGUUGUGUCUUAACUGCAAUACAUUUAAAUGUCACUGACUUGGGUUUGGGCUACGAAACCAAGGAGGAACUUAUUUUUAGAUACUGCAGCGGCUCUUGCGAUGCAGCUGAGACAAUGUAUGACAAAAUAUUAAAAAACUUAUCCAGAAAUAGAAGGCUGGUGAGUGAUAAAGUAGGGCAGGCAUGUUGCAGACCCAUUGCCUUCGAUGACGACCUGUCGUUUUUAGAUGAUAACCUGGUUUACCAUAUUCUAAGAAAGCAUUCCGCUAAAAGAUGUGGAUGUAUCUGACUCCGGCUCCAGAGACUGCUGUGUAUUGCAUUCCUGCUACAGUGCAAAGAAAGGGACCAAGGUUCCCAGGAAAUGUUUGCCCAGAAUGGAAGAUAAGGACCAAGGAA